AUGAGCACAAACAAAAAUUAUUAUAACAUAUCAAUGCAAUCCAUUGAAGAUUAUGAUGAUAUUCUUGAUAAAUUUAGAAUCAUCAAUAAUAGACGUUUUCAUAAUACUACUUCAAACUAUGCAUUACCAAAUGAUGAAAUAGAAAUCGGUAGAUUAGAAUUAUCACAUAUUUUAUUAAAAAACGCAUUUGGUAAUAAUUUUUCUUCUCCGGUACAUAAUAAAUUAAGAGAUGGAAUUUCUGUAUUAGACGUUGGAUGCGGAGCAGGACGCUGGGUUCUCGAAAACGCGGAAAACUAUCCAAAAAGUACAUUUGUUGGGAUAGACAUGUCUCCAAUUUUUCCGACGGACGACAAACCACAGAACGCCGGAUUUAUCGAAUGCAACGUGCUCGAUGGAGGACUCCCCUUCCCAUCAAACACUUUCGAUUUUGUACAUCAAAAAUUGCUUUACGCUGCUUUCUCUGAAAAGCAAUGGUUACUAGUGAUAAAAGAAAUUGCUAGAGUUUUGAAACCUUCUGGUUAUGCGGAAUUCAUGGAAAUGGGACCUUUAUUGCAUAAUUCAGGACCUCAUGCAAAAAAAACUCACGAAAAAUUUUUUCGAUAUUAUGAAGCAAAUGGUUUAUGUUUCGACAUCGCAGACAAAUUGAAAGGUAUUAUGGAUUAUACAAAAUGUUUCGGCGAAGUUAAAAUAGAAAACCGAAUUAUUGCUACUGGUAAAUGGGGCGGCAAUUUUGGUGAAUUGAUGAAUAUUUAUCUUAGAAUGUCCUCUGAAGCUAGUUCGGCAAUGAUGAUUAAAGUAAUUAAUUGCACUAGACAAGAAUAUGAUAAAAUGUUCGAAGCUUACUUCAUGGAAAUCGAGGAAUUCAAGUCAAGUAUCGUUUAUAAACGUUUUUACGCGCAAAAACUUUAA